ACUGGGAUGCGAUGUAUGGAUUGUGGUUACAACUGCCAUGAGAAGUGUAUAGAGUCUGUACCAAAGAACUGCACCAGGUUUAAGAGUGUGAGGGAAUCAGGAGUGAGUAUACAAACGAGCACAAAACCGACCAGCUUAGACAACACUUCAGUUGGAUCAGGGGUUACUUCAUUGCAAACUACAUCUCAUCAGUACUAUGAACAGUUUUCUUCUAAUGUUGCUGAAAACCGCACACAUGAGGGUUACUUAUGGAAACGUGGUUCACUUCUCAAAAACUGGAAACAGCGUUGGUUUGUACUCGAUAGCAUGAAGCAUCAACUGAGAUACUAUGACAGCAUGGAAGACUCACACUGCAAGGGUAUCAUAGAAUUGUCUGAUGUUGUUGCUGUGGUUCCAUCUGGCCCAACCCAAGGAGCACCAAAAAAGGUUGAUGAGAGAGCCUUCUUUGACCUGCAGACAAAGCGCCGCCUGUAUAACUUCUGUGCAUCGGAUGGUGCAGCUGCUCAGGAGUGGAUUGAAAAGAUCCAGUCAUGUCUGCAAUAGAUGGAGGAAGAAAAGAAACCGUGCUAUUUUCUUAGCACUGCGUUUAAUGUGCUUUGCUGAAAUCUUCCAAACAAUUGGCUGUCAACUUUUUGUUCAGUAUUAUUGUGGUGUUUUUGAGGCAAUUACAUUAUUUCUCUUUCCUUGUUCAUUUUCUUUUUUUCUUCUUCCUUUCACUUCCUUUCUCCCAAUAUAAAUUUCUAUGUAAAUACAAAAUUUUGAUUAGAAGAAAUUUUGCAUAGGAUAUUUUCCUUUACCUUUUGUUUUAUCAUCAUCAUGAAUAUUCUUUAUUUAAACAAAAAUAUAUAGAGUUGAGUAGCUACAUAUAUGAGUGAUACAUAUUAUGAAGAUUAAUAUUACUAUAUAUUGUCUUAAGAAAAGACCCACUUUAGAUGUAGGCCUAGUGAGGUCAAGAGGGGUGCAUAUUAUGGAGAAGAAUGCUUUAAUUAUUUAUGGAACCUGAAUGCGUGCCUCAAUAUAAAUUGAUAUAUAUCCUAUUGAAAUUGGUAUUAGAAUCCUGCAACUUUCUUAACAAUGGAAAAAUACACACAUUUAAAGAAGGCAAUAAAUGCUAAAAGGUUUUGGUAUUUCUGCCAGGAUAUCAUCUAACUUUGUAUAUCUAGGGGACCAAAACUUUCCAUAGAGUAUCAUUUGAAGUGAGAUCUCCAUUCUUGGGUUAGUUGUCUCACUCAUACCGAAACCUUGAUGGAAAGGAGACAAGGUGUUGUUAUCCACAUAGCAUUAGAAGAAUUAGCUUUUACAGUAUCCUAUUCCUUUGGGUUGCAUGUAGGAUGUUUUAAUGUUUUGGGCCUUUUGCACUUUUCCUCAGGAAAUUUGUAAUAAAGGUUCAAAAGAUA